GAGUGGGGAGAGAUCGAUACACCUGGGAUAGUCAAAAACGUCUUCAGUGGUGUACUAAAUCAUGAACUGCGCGCGGUUCGUGAGGCUUGCGUCAAACUGGAGUUGGGGUACCAGCCGGGCAUAACGUUCAUAGUUGUACAAAAGCGCCAUCACACCCGCCUUUUCUGCGCAGACAAGAAAGAUCAGAUGGGUAAAUCGGGUAAUAUUCCGGCCGGUACCACUGUCGAUCAAAUUAUCACUCAUCCAACGGAAUUCGAUUUCUACUUGUGUAGCCAUGCCGGAAUCCAAGGAACUUCACGACCCAGUCAUUAUCAUGUCCUGUGGGAUGACAACCGAUUCAGUGCUGAUGAUAUCCAGAAUUUAACCUAUCAAUUGUGUCACACUUAUGUGCGAUGCACUCGGUCCGUAUCGAUUCCCGCACCGGCCUACUACGCACACCUUGUUGCGUUCCGAGCACGCUAUCACUUGGUUGAGAAAGAAAUCGAUAGGUUAGUUUUUCAUGCCCUCACGAAUCAUUGUCCUUAA